CAGUUGAAGAUGAGGAGUCAAAUCCGCGUGGCACAGUGGCCUAUCAAGAGCUACUGCCGGCAGGUCACCACCAGCGCCAGGCACCGACAAGCUACUGAAGGGCCUCUGGACAGUGCCAAACUACCACCUCGGCCAUGCCCAGUCCAAGGCCACCGUGCCCGGUCCACACACGCGGCCCUGGACACUUCAGUGUUCGAAACUGUGACCCCUUCGUCCAUCAGACCCUGGGAGGAGGUUCCUGGACCUAAACCUCUGCCGCUGGUGGGGAAUACUUGGCGAUUCGCGCCCUAUAUCGGUAACUACUCAGUGGAACACGUAGACAAAGUGUGCCUGUCACUCCGAGAGCAGUAUGGGAAGUGCGUCAAGAUAGCAGGUCUACUCGGCCGUCCGGAUAUGCUAUUCGUCUUUGAUGCUGGGGAAGUGGAACGGGUGUUUAGGUCUGAAGACGGAGCUCCUCACAGACCAUCGAUGCCUUCGUUGAAUUACUACAAGCACGUUUUGAGAAAAGACUUCUUUGGCGCCGAAGAAAAUUGCGCAGGAGUCAUUGCCGUGCACGGCGAUUCAUGGUCCGCGUUUCGCACAAAGGUCUCACGAGUUGCAUUGAGCACCAGUGCCGCCGCACAGUAUACGGUGGCGGUUAGUGAAGUAGCGGACUCCUUUAUAAACAGAUUGCGCGAAAUUAGGAAAGAGGACAACGAAACGUCAGAGGACUUUUUAAAUGAAGUUCACAAGUGGUCGUUAGAAUCCCUCGGUCUAAUCGCCCUGGACACCCGCCUGGGCUGCUUCCACGCCUCCUCCGGCUCAGAAAGCCAGCGUCUCAUCGACGCCGUCAACACUUUCUUCCUCUGCGUUGGACAACUAGAACUCAAGGCGCCCUGGUGGCGAUUGUGGAACACUCGCAUGUUCAAGGAAUACGUUAACGCUCUUGACACUAUCCUCAGUGUAACUCUAAGCCACGUGGAGAGAGCACUGGAGGAGAGCAGGGCCAGCUCGAGCAGGUCUCUGCUGCAGGAUUUGGUGGCUGCCGCCGGCACCAGGGUGGCUGCUGUGGCAGCCUUAGACAUGUUCCUAGUGGGGAUAGAUACGACCUCAAACGCGGUGGCGUCAACUCUCUACCAACUGUCGCUUAGGCCACAUGUGCAAGAGAAAAUCUACACUGAGGUCUCACAAGCGUUGCAGGGUAGAGACCUUAAGCCAGGAGACAUCAACCAGAUGCCGUACCUUAAAGCAUGCGUUAAGGAGGUAUUAAGAAUGUAUCCUGUAGUCAUCGGCAACGGACGACAACUAACUAAAGACACAGUUAUCUGCGGGUACAAUAUUCCAAAAGGGACUCAAGUGAUCUUCCAACACUACGUAAUGGGCAACAGCGAAGAAAACUUCACGAACGCAUCUGAGUUCCGCCCAGAGCGAUGGCUCAAGCGUUCCCCGCUGGACAAACACAACGCCUUCGCGUCGCUGCCGUUCGGCUUUGGCCGGCGCAUGUGUCUUGGCAGAAGGUUCGCUGAGCUGGAGAUACAUACCGUCAUUUGUAAGAUGGUGCAGGCGUUCAAAAUGGAAUACCACCAUGAGCCAUUGGACUACCACAUUCACCCUAUGUACACACCUAACGGACCUAUACGGAUCAAGCUUAUUGAUCGUGAAAGUAGUUAG